GUAUUUUAUAUAUCCUCUAAUUCUAUGCAAUUGGGUAGGCAUAUGUAUUAUGUAUAUAAGUAAGAUGUGUAUGUGUUUCUCUAUUAUUAUUACCUAACUAGUUCAGAUUCUUCUUUCCUCUCUAAGCAACACCAAGUUCUUCUAUAUAUUAUCUUCACAUUUUCUCUCUCUCUUUCUCUCUUCAAACAUCAAACAACAUGACUCGCUCCUCUAGAUUCCUCGGAUCAGCGACGGCGCCGCCACCGCCGGAGGAAAUCCUCGCCGCCGAAACCGACAUGGUCGUGAUCCUCUCAGCUCUCCUCUGCGCUCUCAUAUGCGUAGCCGGCUUAGCCGCCAUAGCUCGCUGCGCCUGGCUCCGCCGUCUCACCGGCGUUAACUCCGCCGCCGUGGGUGAAUCUCCGCCGCCGCCGAGCAAAGGUCUCAAGAAAAAAGCGCUCCAGUCUCUCCCUAAGUCCACCUUCGUCGCCGCAGACUCGCCGGGCUCCUCCACCGGAGGAGACGGAGACUCGACCACCGAGUGCGCCAUAUGCUUGACGGAGUUUACCGACGGAGAAGAGAUCAGAAUACUGCCGCUAUGCAGCCACGCCUUCCACGUGGCGUGCAUAGACAAAUGGUUGACUUCUCGGUCGUCUUGUCCUUCUUGCCGCCGGGUUUUGGUUCCGGUGAAGUGUGAUCGGUGUGGACACCACGCUUCCACGGCGGAGUCUCAGGUUAAAGACCAGCGUUCUCCUCAUCGCCAAGAUCGUUCACAGUUCACUCCCGUCAUUAUUCCUGCUUUUCUUCCGUAAAAAGUUCACUUUAUUUUAUAUAAUUAAGCGAAAUAUAAUCGGCAUGAUUAGAGAAAAGUAAAGUAUUCAUUAACUAUGAAUUAGGGAACUUUUAGUUUACUUUGAAUUUGUAUCUGUUCUUCUUUGUAAGACUGUAACACUGUCCUGAACCUGAAUCAAUCAGAUGGAGUUUUAUGUUCGA